GCCGCGUCAAGAAGAUGAGCAAUUUACAACAGAACGCAUUGUUGCUGGCUUCACUGUUAUUUGCUGCUUGUGGUGCGAUCAGGGAGAUCGAACACCAGUUUGUUUCAGCAGACCCAUCUACUCCCGGAUCUAUGGGAACAAAGUUCCUGGUAGGAUUUAUGCAAAAUGUUCUCCCAAGAACUGUAGAGAGCCCUGUGCCUGAUGCAUACCUACUGGUGACGACCAAUGAGACUGGAGUGGUGGAGUUUAAUGUGACAACCAUGUUUGGUGGUGUACAAAGGACCGACACAUAUACAGUGGAUUCAAAUGCAACAACACGAGUCAAUUUUGCAGCUGAUGAUGUCUAUGUGACAAAUGUUCAGCAGAGGGAUAAAGCCAUUUGGGUGCAAACUAGUAACAAGAAGAAGAUAGCUAUCCAAGUUAUAAAUGAUGAAAUCCGCUCUACUGACGGAUUUGUUGCUCUCCCAUGCGAUGGAAUGACUGUACCGUCAGAUUUUCGCACAUAUGAAUAUCUCAUUCUCUCCACUAAUCAAGACACGACAGGCCAGUCAGGAAGCACACCAAGAUCCAGCCAGUUUCUUGUCAUUACUUGUGAUGAUGACACACAGGUUGUUGUAACGCCAUCAACUGCAAUCAGUGGAAGUGGCGUCUUUCAACACACUCGAUUUGGUCCAGGAGAAUCACAAGCAUCAUCAAACUGGCGAGUAAACCUAAACAACAACCUAAUACCUGCAAAACAGACGCUCUUGAUCUCAAUCACAAACGUAGACCUUACCGGGACUGUGGUACAGGGAAACAAGCCAUUGGUGAUUAUUUCUGGUCAUCAGUGUGGACAAGUUACUGAGAGAGUUACAGCAUGUGACCAUAUGGCAGCUCAGAUACCUCCACACACAACAUGGGGCUACACGUUCCUGCUAAACCCUCUCAGUGGAAGACGAAGUGGAGACUUGUAUCGUUUUGCAACCCUCCAGGACAACACUAACGUUACCAUCACAUGUGUGGAUGCUGGAAGCAGUACUUCAACAGUAGAGCAUACAACAACUCUAAAUUCUGCACUGAAUCCUAACUGGGGACAGUUUGAAACUCACUCAGAAGCUUGUGCUGACCCGUAUGCUCCAAAAUAUUGCUGCUUGGAAUCCUCCAAUCCUGUCGUACUAGCUCAGUACAGCUAUGGCUACACAAGGGAUGCAACAUGCAAUGGAGGAGAGUUUGGAGAUCCCUUCAUGAGCGUCAUUCCUCCAAUAGUUCAGUAUUUACACCUUUACCACCUUGUUCCAGUCAACAUUUCAUCUGGAACUAUUGGCAAUCAUUUCUUCAGUGUCUCUGUUCCAAUCAGAUAUUUCCAACCUGGCAGUAUCAUGUUGGACGAUUCCCCAUUGGAGCUUGAUGCUACUCUGUGGCAAGCCAUCUACUGUAGCACUGGAGAGAUAUGUGGAUAUGGCAUUACAAAGGACUUUGACAAUGAGUACCAUUCACUCUUCCAUUUCUGAUGCCAAUGCGGCCAUUUUUGUUCACACCUAUGGCUUCAGCAUUCAAAAUUCCUAUGCCAUAGCUGGUGGAAUGGAGCUCCAACCAAUUGCUGGUACAAUUAUAUCCUGUGAGGUGCCUGACGACUGUGUGGUGGAAGGAAGAUCGGUCACUGUGACCUGUACCAGAUCUAUUGACCUAUCAGAACAGAGUAGGAUUCGAGUCAACACUGAAGAUGGAUCUGCUGGGGCUCCAGCCGACUACACUACACUCAACAUACCUGAGAACCGACCAAGCUUCUUUCCCGGCAAUAUUCUGAACUAUAGAGGAGGAACCAGACAGGAUUCAGCGAUAUCAUUUGACAUCCAAACUACAGCAGACGGUGAUGAUACAGAGCCUCCAGAGACAUUCUUCCUCAAUGUCUCUCCUGUGAGGACGGCCAUUGUCCUGACACCACGAGUUCCCAUUACCAUUUGUGGAGCUACCCAAGAUAUACGGUGCCCUGAUUUGACUGACCCUGCCAAUAGUAUGGUGAUGGUUGCUGGAACCACUCCUGGUGAUGCAGCUACUUACACCUGCAAUGAGGGCUAUAAGUUAGAUGGAGUAUCAACCAGAACGUGUGGUCCAGAUGGUCAAUGGAGUCCUGAGGAACCUAAGUGCUUAGCAAUGUGUCCAACCCCGACUGAUCCUGCCAAUGGUAUGGUGAUAGCAGAAGGUAACUGCGGGGGAGAUACAGCCACUUACACCUGCAAUGAUGGCUAUAAACUAGAUGGAGCAUCAAACACAACAUGUGGUUCAGAUGGUCAAUGGAGUCCUGAGGAACCUAGGUGCUUAGCAAUGUGUCCAACCCCGACUGAUCCUGCCAAUGGUAUGGUGGUAGCAGAAGGUAACUGUGAGGGAGAUACAGCUACUUACACCUGCAACGAGGGCUAUAAGCUAGAUGGAGUGGAAACAACAACAUGUGGUCCAGAUGGUCAAUGGAGUAGUGAUCGUCCUGUGUGCUUAGCUAUAUGUCACAGUUUGUCUGAUCCCCCUAAUGGUACGGUCGUGGCACAAGGGAACUGUGAAGGAGACAGAGCCGCUUUCAUCUGUAACAGUGGAUUCGAAUUGGUUGGAGCUGCUAUUGUAAUAUGUCAGAAUGAUGGAAUGUGGAAUAACCCUCAACCAGUGUGUCAGAGCCUUGCUGUGUUUGUAUCAUUUGACCCGGUAUCAUACACUGUGACUGAGGGAGUGGAUGGAGCUGUUGAAUUGAUACUAGUCCGAAGUGGAGAUCUAAGUAGAGCCACUGUUCUCACUAUAACAACUGCAGAUGGUUCAGCAAUUGCUGGAUCUGACUACACUGCCACUACAAUGAGAGUAACAUUAAUUGAUGCUGUAGAAACUGUGGCUAGAGUCAGAGUACCAAUACUAGAUGACAUUGUCAUAGAAAGUAUUGAGACAUUUCUCGGCCUCUUGACCAGCUCUGAACCAAAUGUCAUGAUUGGCGACGGGACUGCAAAUGUGACAAUUGUGGACAAUGAUGGAUGUCCCAGUCUACCAGAUAUCUCCAAUGGGUCUGUGACAGUGUCUGGCUUUGCGACAGGAGAUAUGGCAGUCUACUCUUGUGAUGAAGGGUAUGAGCUGGAUGGAGACUCAACUAGAGAGUGUUUAUUCAACUCAUCUUGGAGUGGAGAGGCUCAAGCCUGUCGCAGUUUUGCUGUGGAAGUGGGUUUCAAUGAAACAGCCAUUACUGCAAUGGAGAGCAGUGGAAGAGCCAGUGCAUGUCUGUUUGCCAGGUCUGUCAACCCUAUUGAAGUCACCCUCACCGUGGUUACUACCACAACUGGAACUGCCACAGAGGGAGUGGACUUCCAGCCUGUUUUCGCCACUGUCUACCUCUCUAUCAACUCCACAACACUACCUUGUAUAGAAGUAUCUCUCAUAACGGGCGAUGGAUACGAGAAUCCCGAGACAAUCUCUCUGCUAGUGACUACGAUGAAUGACAGUGUUACUAUAGUCCAGAACAUGACAGAGAUUACCAUACUGAAUUCAGAUGUGGCAGAAAUAGUGUUGGAUUCAGAGAAGAUGACAGUGAUGGAGGGAGAUAAUGAGGUCCAGGAACUGUGCCUCAGCCUCAAAAACUCUGCCAUUGAUGUUGGUGUUGGCGUGCCUGAUGCUCUCUCAGCAGAUAUUGAACUAGAGAAAGUUGUUUUGCUACUAUCGGCAAAUGGCUCAUCAAAUUGCAUACCGGUAAAAAUCAUAGCUACCUAU